CUCCUCCCCCAGUCCAGCCGGUGUAUUUGGAUACAAAGUCAGCCUUAGGAGCUGACAGCCUGGUCCAUGGAAAAGAUCACCUUUUACAGAAAGGAAACGGAGCCAAAAAACGAUUAAAUCUGAGAUGGAGGACAGGCCGACCAAUUUAACCAUCAGGGAGUAAAGUGUGCAUUUUAUCGGCGAAAUGAGGUUAUGUCAAACGAAUGGGAAUAUUACAGCGCUCUGAUACGCCCAUGCGACGAGCUGUAUGGAUGUUGUGGUGUACACUGAUAUAUCUAGACAACAAGAAACCCAUCUGAAUACAGAAAAUCCGGUUAUUAGAAAAGGACGACUGGAAAAACGUAUGGAUACUGUCAUUAAUGUCGGGAUUACAAGAAUUUGUUUGCAGUUCUUGCAGAAUAUAGAAAGAAACUAGGUGGAUAUAUUGUUAUUAUUAUUAUUAUAAAGAUGAUGAAGGCACCUGCUGCUGGCUUUUAUGUAUACAUCAGAAACAUAUUAUGGAUGAGACUUUCGUCGCUUAAUCACUCCGUCCAGGAUAAAAGUCACCUUUAUGCAAGCCAUCCGCAUCUCUUUAUUUCCUCGUAAAAGGAUCGUAUAUCGCAAUUUCUAAAUAACCAACACCGAGCCGAAGUUUGCUUAAGCUUUUCAUGCUUUAUAAAUGAACCGCUCUGUGACAAUAAAAGGUCUACUGUCAUACUUGACAAUCAUGGAUGAAGAUGAAACGAUGGAAGUGUACACCUGCACAUGCAAUUCAUAGAAACCAAACGAAGUGACAGCGGUCAGUGGCUUUCGCUUGUCAUGACGGGCAUUAAAAUGCACACCACCGAAGACCUUUAAUAGCUAUAGUAACAUCUAACACGAGAUUAAUUCUUUUAAAUAACAAUACUGAACAAAUGCCUUCUCGAAUAAGCAAACUAGAGGUGCAGCAUAUAUUCUGCGUCGACGAUACUGCCAUCUUAAAAUGGACGCGCGCUGUGUAAAGACGGCUAUUUAAAUACUUAAACUGGCUUAAAUCGUUAACAAAGUGCGAGAUUUACACGAGACAAUAAAGCUGAAGGUAAUGUUGGGAAUUUGGUAAUAUUUGUGAUUUGUUUUGAUAUCGCGAGCAGGUGCAUCUCUGUUAGCCUAUCACAAUCGAGCUGAGGAAAAAUGCCUGGAGAUGCCUUAAGACAGCGCACGUGACUUUUAACGCACAUUGACGUUAAUUCAACAUUUAUUGAAAAAAAAUUACAAACAGACAAUGACAAAUAUAAAUUUUGACUAAUCAAAUAUUGUGAUGGAUUAUGUUAUUGCAACAUUUCAAUACCAGCUCUUAAAUUGUAAGCAUGAUAUAUUCUAUAUUGCAAUUUAUGAGAAGAUCCAUCUAGUCAUGUCGUAAGCCUCUAGUAAUAUUCAUUUCGUUGAGGACUUUGCUUAAAAGAAAGAAAGCAGGUCUUUUGGGAAAGGGGCUUUUAAAGCCCAAUUCUGUAAAAAAAAAAAAAAAUUCUCAGGCUUUGAUGAACUGCAUAUUCUGACCUAAUCUUGUAAGCACUUUCAUAGUUUCUCUUUGGAAGACGUCAAUAUUCUCAUCACAGACGUAUUGGACUUAAUGUUUCUUUAAACGCUCCAUAAAUGUUAAGACACACAUAAAGUGUGUUGCGGACAAUCAAUGAGAACAUUAAAGAAGCAGCUCAACAAAAACAUUUCUUAUUUCUUAACCAAAACGCCUGUACUUAGUAAAUGGGCUCUGCAUGGAUAUUGUGUGUAAGUUGACAGAGGGCCUCCUCCAGCUAUUGAGACCACAUCGCUGACCUGUGUGUUCAGUGAUGGACCCAUUCACGAGACUGAGUGGAGUAGGAGGCGGUGGAAGCGCCGCCCCUUUACCUUGCACCAGCAGCGGAGGUUCCUGCGAACCUCCGUAUCCCCCUGCAAAUACAACUUCAGGACCCUGUCUGUCACAGGCAGACAAUAGCAGUAGCUGGAACUCCUCUACUCUUUCCUCUUCUGUAGGGUCCCCUGAUUCUCAUCUUCCCAACCACCAUGAAGGCCGCAACACUUAUUGGACGGCCGUGUUCGAUUAUGAGGCCACAGCGGAUGAGGAACUGACCCUGCGGCGGGGUGACCUAUUGGAGGUCCUUUCCAAGGACUCCAAAGUUUCUGGAGAUGAGGGCUGGUGGACUGGCAAGAUCCAGGACAAAGUGGGGAUUUUCCCCAGUAACUAUGUGACCCGACGGGAUAGCAACUAUCCCGCGCUUCCCCCCGAAGGCCUGGUUGGUGGGGAGUCCCCACUGGACAUCGAUUUCUCAGAGCUGUACUUGGAGGAGGUGAUUGGUGCCGGUGGGUUUGGAAAGGUGUACAAGGGUAUAUGGCGAGAUGAGGAAGUGGCGGUUAAAGCAGCCCGUCAGGAUCCAGAUGAGGACAUCAGUGCCACUGCGGAAAAUGUCAGACAGGAGGCCAGACUCUUCUGGAUGCUACGACACCGCAACAUCAUCGCUCUACGAGGUGUUUGCCUUCAGGAGCCUAAUCUUUGCCUGGUUAUGGAAUAUGCCCGUGGUGGGGCACUUAAUCGGGCACUUGCUGGGAAAAAGGUGCCCCCUCGGGUACUCGUGAAUUGGGCAGUGCAGAUUGCCACUGGAAUGGACUACCUGCACAACCAGACCUUUGUGCCAAUCAUCCACAGAGACCUUAAAUCCAGCAACAUACUGAUUCUGGAGCCUGUGGAGAGAGACGACCUGACUGGGAAGACUCUGAAGAUCACAGACUUUGGGCUCGCAAGGGAAUGGCAUCGAACCACGAAGAUGAGCGCCGCCGGCACGUAUGCAUGGAUGGCUCCAGAGGUCAUCAAGGUGUCCCUGUUCUCCAAAAGCAGCGACGUGUGGAGUUUUGGAGUGUUACUUUGGGAGCUGCUGACUGGUGAAGUCCCUUACCGUGAAAUUGAUGCUUUGGCUGUGGCCUACGGUGUGGCCGUGAACAAGCUGACCCUCCCCAUUCCCUCCACCUGCCCUGAGCCCUUUGUACAGCUACUUGGAGAGUGUUGGUGUCCUAACCCGCAUGGUCGUCCCUCUUUUGGGAGUAUCCUGAAGAGGCUGCAGGCCAUUGAGCAGUCAGCCAUGUUCCAGAUGCCCCUGGAGUCUUUUCAUUCCCUGCAGGAGGACUGGCGAGUGGAGAUCCAGCAGAUGUUUGAUGAACUGCGAGCAAAGGAGAAGGAGUUGCGCUCUUGGGAAGAAGCACUGGCACGAGCAGCUGAGGAGCAGAGGGAGCAGGAGGAGCACCUCAGGAGGCGCGAGCAGGAGUUAGCCGAGCGGGAGAUCGACAUUGUAGAGAGGGAACUCAACAUCAUCAUCCAUCAAAUGUACCAGGAGAAGCCGCAUGUAAAAAAACGCAAAGGCCACUUCAAAAAGAGCCGACUGCUGAAACUCGGCAGGGACAGCAACAGCAUCAGUCUUCCCUCUGGUUUCGAGCAUAAGAUCACAGUGCAAGCUUCUCCUAGCGUUGAUAAAAGGAAAAGUCAAGGAAGCGAAAGCACCACUCCUCCGGCCAGCCCGGGAGUCAUUCCUCGUCUGAGAGCGAUGCGCUUGACACCCAGUGAUGGGAGGAGGACAGUAGGCCAUGCAACAGGCCGUAAGAAAGAAGACCUGGCAGGAACCAAGAAGAAGGGCCGAACAUGGGGACCCAGCUCCACCCAUCAAAAAGAGAGAUUGGGAGGAGAAGACAGGUUGAAAUCUCUCGGAGAGGGAAAGGUGUGGUCCUCCAGUGCUCCAAAUUUAGGGAAGUCUCCAAAACAUGCUCCCAUGACAGCUGGAUUCUCAAGCUUAAAUGAAAUGGAGGAGCACAGUGAGUUUGAAGACACGGCCCCUGAACUUAGCAGUAAUGGAGCCAUGGAGGAGGUGGGACCAGGAAAAGGCUCACACGAUUCACUUCGACGGUGCAGCCAAAGAAAAAAGAGUGACCUGCUAUUGCUGGGAUGUGCCUCCAUUUUGGCUGCCGUAGGCAUUGGUUCCAACAUCUUCCAGCUGGGACGACAACAGAUGAAUCAGGAUGAGCAGGAGCUGCGAGAGGAGCAGAAGAAGAAGAAAGAUGGUCUGUUUCAACGCACGGGCCGAUUCAGACGCAGCACUUCUCCACCAAGCCGCACGUUGUCACUCUCCCUCUCUCAAAACCGCCAUCAUGACUCCACCCUGCCCACCUUGGACCCAUCUCCUUCCGUGACGCUGCUCUCUCUGUCCUCCCUCUCUGACUGUAACUCCACCAAGUCCCUGCUGCCCUCUGACCCCGAUGACUUCGCUCCGACCCCCAGCAGCGCCCACCCGGUGGUCUCUCCUGCUCCGUCGUCAAACCCUCUGCUAGACCUUAAGGCGGAGAGCUUCAAACGAGAGCCCAAUCAGUCUCUCACACCCACGCACGUCUCUGCAGCAAUGGCAUUGAACCGCGGGCACCGACGCACACCUUCUGAUGGUGCCAUCCGUCCGAGAGCACAGACGGUUGUUGGGCACCGCCGUACCCCCUCUGAUGGAAGCAUGCCCAUUCCUCCUACACCAGCUCCUACCAUCACACCAUACACAGGUUCUCGUGAAACUCUUGACAUUCCGCGCCUACCUGACCCGUCUAUCGUCCAUCCCCCUGCCCAUCGCCGUAAACCCCCUCCUCCACUUCCUCCACUUCCCGUCCCAGAUCCGGAAGGUCACACAGGUACACUUGAGCGACCCAAAACCCUUGAGUUUGCCCCCCGACCCCGACCGACCCCCGCUCGGGCACGUCCUGACCCCUGGAAGCUGUCGUCUCUGUCACGGACCCUCAGUUCAUCUCCAGGUAGCAGCUGUGAUAGUCCGCUGGGCUCGGGUGACAGCGGGGUGAGCGCUGGGGUCGGUGUUGCCCAUCAAAGCCUUCUCGACAUGGACAUGGAAGGCCAGUCCCAGGACAGCACGCUUCCCCUGUGUGGACAACACGCAAAGAGUGCUCUGUGCGGUCGGGAUUUCUCAUAGAAAGAUUGAGACCCCACAGUCUAAACUAAUUUAAACAGCACAUUGUGGUGGUCUUAAAAAUCAGUUAACACCCCAUCUAUUGUGGCAGGCAGCUCUAAUGUAAAAUGCCCUUUUGCAGCGGCUAGACAGACUUUUUCUAGAAAGGUUGAGAUGCAGUUAGUAGAUAAAUGUCCUUGAUUUGUUUAUCUCGGCCUGUCUGCUAUGACUCAUUGUCUCCAAGCUUAAUGGGGCUUCACAAUGACACAGUUUGGUUGGUUAAGUGCCAGCCUAUGGUGGGUGAUGUGCUCCAAAGAGGAGUUUUAUUAGCCAUGGAGCAGCAGAGGGCAGUCUACAUACACCCAUGUAUCUUUGUAGGUCUGUGACCUUCCUUGUUUGUUCAUAUCUCUGUUAACACAGGGUCGUCUGCUCCUUACUAUAAUCUCUGUGGAGACAACUUUUUCUGCAUCAUUCCUCCCUCCAGUGUGUUCAUUGUAAAGUUAAUGCUUUCUUUAUGUGUAUCAGGAGAAUUGUGUAUGCAGUUAUUUGCAUUGGCAUAGGAUUCUCUUUGCAAAUUGGAUUCUGUGUAAUAUAUUGACACUUUACAGAAAUAGGUGUACUAUAAGAUUUUUAUAUAUCUUUUUUCUUUUGGGGAAUAAACCAUCUCAUGGACUCUCUGCAAGACCUAAUCAGAAUGUGAGAGCAGUCCAAAUGUUAAAUUUAAAGGGAUUAAAAUUAAAGUUCAGUCUUGAUUUACUCAUUCUCGUGUCAUUCAAAAUUUCAAGGAUUAUUUUGGUGCUUUUAUGUCAUUUUAUAGGUUGAAAACCUUAUUGUAAUUGUAUUGAAAAGAGUAAUCAGUACAUGACUUGAGGGUGAGUAAAUAAAGGUGAACUAUUACUUUAAAUCUGAUUGGCUGUGCUCUCUGUUUGUAAGGGUAUUAAUUGUUGCGUUUGGAUGUGUUUGAGUGCAUGUCAAUCUGACUGACAACUGGAUGAGCAAAUGCUAAAGCAUUAUCCUCCCCUCCAUCGCUAUCUGAAAAACCUCUCUUCUUCUCAACAAUUUGCAAUAAAGAGUAAACGUGUACUACCUGUUUUGUAUGACCGUGUACCAAACAGCCAGACAUACACUUCCUCGCCUUUUUAAACGGACCCAUGAUGUUCUUCCUCAAAUAUAUUCAACAGUUCCUUUGAAAAGGAAGGAAAAUACACAGGAUUUUAUCACGAGUCACUUCAGUGAGAAUUUCGAAGGACACUGUCAUGUCAUGGCACAUGACGUAAUGACAUCAUAAAUGAUGUAACUUUUGUGCAUGACAUUCAGGAUCUUCUGCUGGUGGUCUGAACUGUCCUGGGAAAACACUGGAGGGUUUUCGAAUUCUUUGUGCUGAACCGUUAACAUGGUAGACAGUAUUUUUUUGACUGUCCAAAAUUGAGUAUGACUGCGUGUGUGUGUGUGCGGCUGUGUGCACAUGUUUUUGUGUUCUUACUUGUUAUCAUUUGUAUAGGGUAAUUCUCUGUGCAGGGGUUGAACAAACCCACCCCUUAUUUCCUGUGUGAGGAACACUAAGAGUAUUUAUUAAAAUAAUUGUUACAAUUGAAGGAAUGAUGUGUUUAUAUUAAAACCAAGUUUCCUUACUUCCUUUGUUUGCUACACUAACAAAAGAAAACAUGGCUUAUUUAUUUAUUUUGUUUAUUUAUUUAUGUCACAAUAGUAAAAUGAGCUAC